CGUUCGUCGAGGCUGCAAACGCUGCCUUUAGCAUUAAUUUAGGUGCAAUACUGCCUAGGAAAUGUGAAUAAUACAACAUCUCAGCAAACGUGUUUAUAGAGCUGUUCAUCAAGUGUUUAGAAAAUCGAUUAAUUGAUCUCUUCUAAAGGCAUACGGAACUUACAUAAAACCAGGUUCAGGCCUUAGUAACCUCCUACAAGCAGAGCACCUCAUGGCUCCGUCUAAGAAACCAUUGUCCCAUAAAGAGAUUUGGGAUGAUUCGGCCCUCAUAGACUCGUGGAACGACGCGCUAAAGGAAUAUGAGAAAUAUCACAGUAUCCACAGGAAUGGAGGCAACGUGGAAGACCUUCUAAAGUCCGACGACGAAACAACUCCGGAUGCCAAGAACGAGACUGAAAAGGCUCAUCCCCUCGAAGCUGAUUCCGAAAUGGGAGUUGAAGCUACCAAUGGAAGACAAGAGAGCGGAACGUCGACUUCCCAGCACAGCCAUCCGCUUGGUGGAGGUCCCGGUCCCGGAGGGCUGCUAGGUUCAGUGCGCGACGAAGGCCUCAAGAGACUAUUGAUGUCGUGGUAUUAUGCAGGCUACUACACAGGCUUUUACGAAGGCCAGCAGAGCCAGCAGAACCAGACUCAGCAACAAGCAUCUGAAUAGAGGCGAGCGGGAAACUUUAGAGAUCUCAUAACUUUAAUCCCGAAUCUAUGUAGUUAAAAUCGUUGAUGGGAAUUCUUCGUGAGAUGGACUUGACAGGCAGGGAUCUGUAACGUUAGAUGUUACAGGCUCUUGUGACGGCGAUAACGUCACAUACAUAGCUUAAAUUCUGCCGCUAUGCGACGAAUUAUGCACCAGUCUCCAUCCAUAAGGAAUAGUACAACAUGAUACUACAGAUUACAGAAUGUCGAUUGGAGGAGCAAGGCGAAGAAACAAAUUUGAGGCUACCAUUACGCUCUUGAUGAAGAUCAUGGUCUGAUUUCUCCUUACUUUGGGGUUGCGAUUAUCAGCCUAGCCAUGAAAUGCUCGUUUUUUUAUAGCGUUAUUGAGAGGGAACAUCUUGUUGAUACU